AUGGUAGAGAAGAGAAAGCAACAACAAUCAAAGGUUGUUGCGACAACUACAUCAGCAACAACAUCAAAGAAACAAGUUGUUAGCAACAUAGAUCAACCAAAGAAGAAGACAAAGAAUGUAGUCAAUGAAACAUCAAUCACAGACUCUAUAAUGGCAUUGGGAGGUGGAUAUGAUGAUGAUGUCGAUGAGGAUUAUACUUAUGAAUCAAAGUAUUAUAAUGAUGAACAUGAUGAUGAUAAUAGUGAUGAUAAUGAUGAUGAUAAUAGUGAUGAUGAUGAUGAUGUGAUGGACGAUGACACAGAGUUACCAGAUGAUCAUGAUUAUAUCGAUGGAAUGGAUGAUGAUGAUAAUAUGAUGGAUGAUAGUGAGCGAGCUGUCGGUGGAAUCAAUGUUGCCGUCGACAAGGAGGCCAAGAACCCAAGAAACAGGGGUCUGUUUGUCAAGUCCAGCACACCAACCGAUACAUCACGCGCCGUCACAUCAGAGGAGAUGCAAGAGUUCCGUGAGACACACGAACUAUUCAACUCCAAUCUCUUCAGACUCCAAAUCGCCGAGUUCUUCAAAGAGCUCAAAGUCAACUUCACCAAGACCACAGCGCUCGAGUCUGCACUCUUUGAGCUCAAGACCAUAAUUGAAUCAAUCCCUGAUCAAACAGUCAACGUAUUUAGCAACAUGAUUGAGAGCGUAAAGAUAAUGGAUAUUGUUGGAGAGAAUAUUGAUUUGGCAUUUAGCAAGCCGUUGAAUGUGGAGAUUGGUGGAAGUUAUAUGAUCAAGACAGUGAUCAAGUCCAAUCCUAAUGUGGACAUGAUCGUGGAGAUACCCGAGACGAGCAUCGGCAAGACCGACGCCAACAACUUCAAGUACUUCACCAAGAGGAAUCUGUACAUGUGGACACUGGCCAACGAGAUACGCAAGCACGCACGCUUUGCCAACGUGUCAUUCACGCACUUUGGCGGAGACUCGAACAAACAGAUCAUUGUCGUGCGACCCAAGGAGGACGCGACCACUGGCGCACACACCAAGUUCACCAUCCGCAUCAUCCCCUGCGUGUCGCGCAGUCUCUUCCGCAUGGACACCAAGUUCAAUCCUGAUGCCAACUGCAUCAUCACCGACGACACCUCCAAGCCCAACCAAAAUGGUUCAUUCCUGGUCGACACAUACAGAGACAACGACAACGAUCAACUCGCCGCUGCCGCUAUCGCAGCCGAGUCAUCCGACUCUUCCAAGAAGAAGGGACCAAAGCCAUUCGAGUCCAUCCCAAGAUCAGCCUUUUACAACAAUGCUAUCCUCGAGGAUAUUAUGUAUUUGGAUCACAUGAACUUGAUCAAUGAUAAGAUACGCAGUGCACCAGUGUUGGUGGAUACGAUCCAGUUGCUCAAGGCAUGGCUACACGUCAAGAACAUCCCAACCAUCAACUCAUUCCACCUCUCAAUGUUGGUGGCCUACCUCUACUCAAUCGGUCGCAUCAAUCGCAAUAUGUCUACCUACCAAGCGUUCCGCAUGACCCUGGUGUUCAUCACCAAGGAUUUCAACAAGCCCCUUCAAUUCGAGUUGGAGAAGGGCUCCACUCUCACACUCGGCCAGUACACAGACAGCUUCAAGAAGCUGUAUCCAGUCGUGCUGCUCGAUCCAACUGGCCUGCUGAACAUUUUCUCGCGCGUCACCUCGUGGGGCUUCCGCGAGCUGCAACGCGAGGCCGCCACGGCCCUGCGCCACCUGGACCUCGGCGACGGUUUUGACGAGAUCUUCCUGAUCAAGACCAAGCCAUUGAUGUGCUGGGACUACAUCCUAAAGGUGAAGUUGUCCAAGGAGUGCGACAUGAAGACACCAGCAACCGACUACUACCACGAGGAGGCCUACUUUGAUCACAGGGUGUACAGGACAUUGUACCGCGCACUCACCAACCGUGCCCGCACCAUCACCAUCCUGCCCCACUCAGCGCCUGUCUGGAAGUUUGGCGCGCAGCUGCCCGAAUCGCACGAGCGCAUCAUCAAUGUGGGCAUCCAGCUCGACCAGACCAACUGGCUGCGUCUGGUGGACAUGGGCCCUUCGGCCGAUCACAAGGACGCCGACAAGUUCCGCAAGGCAUGGGGUCCCAAAUCUCAGCUGCGCCGUUUCAAGGACGGCUCGAUCCGUGAGGCCGCCACAUGGACGCCCAAGAAUGGACAGCGUCAACUGAUUGUAGAGGACAUUGCCAAGUAUAUCCUUGGCUUCCAGCUUAAGGUGCCAGCCACCAACGUCUCAUCGCACAUCAGUCACUUUGACAGGAUUCUCUAUAGCGCCAACAUGGACGACCGCACUCUGCUGGUCAUGCGCGCCAAGGAGGCCCUCGUCACCAAGAUCGAGUCGCUGGCGUUGCCACUACACAUCAACGAAUACAUGGCCAUGUCGCCUGCACUACGCUACACAUGCGUGCGCACCGCUCAGGACGACACAUACAUGCAAAACACUGUGAUCGAGGUCCUGCUGCACUUUGAGGACUCACGCUUUUGGACCUCGGACGUGGACUCGAUCUACGCACUCAAGGCCGCGUUCAUGCUCAAGAUGGCACGCGAGCUUACCGAACAGGACUACCAGCCACGCCUGACCGACGCGUACCUCGAUGUCAAGCAGGACGGCUUCCUGUUCCGCCUGAUCCCCUACUACCCCAAGGAGCUGGACUACCUCACCAGCAAGCACCAGGACAAGCUGAAGAGUGUGCUGUUGAUGCAGAGGACCAGCAUCCAUCACAAGUUUGUUCAGGCACUGCACACAUCAAACCCAUCAUACGGCCAUGCCACACGCCUUGCACUCCGAUGGUGCUACGCGCACAACUUCACCAAUCAGAUCGCACAACCCACCAUUGAACUGAUGAUGGCCAGCAUCUACAAGCCAUACACACCAGAGAAUGCCCGUGCGGCACACGAUCAGGACGACCAGACGCACCAGCCCACAUCGCCCAUGCUUGCCUUCCUGCGAUUCCUGCAUCUGCUGGCCACAUUCGAGUGGACCGAGCGUCCUCUGAUCGUGGACUUUGUCGACUCGCUCACCUCUGGCGACGUCUCUUCAAUCAACUCCAUUUUCCAACAACAGAAGCAGGCCAACAACCUGCCGAUGUUCUUCAUUGCCACAGACAAGGAUCGUCCAUCCGUGGCGUGGAAGGAUGUCAACCCACGCGACACAGACGGCAGCAUCAGAAAGCGUUUGGCACAGCUAGCCAAGGCUUCGCUUGACAUCUGCAUGGAGGCUUACAGCAAUGAUCAAUCACAGGUGGAGAUGACCACCAUCUUUGAGCCUAACUACACCGACUACGAUGUCAUUAUCACACUGAACGAUCAAUACAUUCCAGAUCGCGAGAGAGAGAUCAAGCGAUUGUUGUUGCAGCCCGCAGCUGCAGCCGCUGCUGCUCUGGCUGCCGCCCAGUCACCAUCCGUGCCCAGAGUAGCCACCGCCACCCCAGUAACUGCACCCACUCAAGUAUCUCUUGAGGCCAAGGCAUUAUCAUUGUUCAAGAACAUUAAGGCCAGUCAGCUGAUUGCCAAGCCACAGAAUGGCAGCACAGCUACUGGAUCAUCAACAACAAACAAGUCAGGCGUGGCGAACAAGAAUGGACAUUUGGAGGCAGGACUCAACAUGGUUGAGAUUUACAUCAAUAAGCUUAGCGAGCAGUUCAAGGAGUACUGCACAUUCGAGUAUGAUGGCGUUGGAGGCGAUAAGAUCGGCCUGAAGUGGAAGCAGGCCGUUCUCGAUCCAAUCCCAUUCAAGCCUAUCAAGGCACAGUAUUCAAUGCCAAUCGUUGAGCAAGGACAAAUCAAGCUGAAUAUCUUUGAGCUGGUACACGCUAUCAGUAGCAUGGGCGGCAAGCUGGUCAAGAACGUCUCCUUCAACAAAGGACACGGAGGUGCCAAGCUCUCCAACCUCGUCCAGCCACAACACUAA